ACCCUAAAUCAAAAGACGAAACGCUUAAGCGCAAAUCCUCCUGAAACAGCGGAGAGAAACAGAGAGAGCGCAACCCAAAAGAAGUACAAAAAGAAGGGCUACGGCUUGGAGAUUCUCAGAGAUUGUGGUAAUGGAAGCUCAACCCCAGGUUAAAGCCACACUUCGGCUUGGUUCUGAAUUUUAUACGGUGAAUGCCAAAAAGGAUGGUGCUCUCUCUGAGCAGCUGUCUUCAAUGAAAGAAGAAAGCAUGAGCAUAUUGAGGGAAUUCAUCACCAAACACAAUGUUCCCAAUGAUGUCCCUGAUGAAUUGGUUGUGAGCUCUUCUGAAGACGAGGAAGAAGUACCCAAGAAGCCUAAUGUCAGGUCGAAGAAAGCAAAGAUAAAUUAGCACUAGCUCUGUAUUGCUCCAAAAAUAUGUAUGGAAUUUUUUUAGUGUUCAAGCUCUCCUUGGGUUAUUGAAUAUAAGGGUGAGUCAACUAUUUUAAACAUUGUGUUGACCAAAUGCUUUGUGGAAUAGAUUUGGAAAUGGUAAAGACCAAGUUUUGGAGCAUGGAAGUUUUUAAUUA